UUGGUUUAUUGUCCUGAAAGCUGUUUUGGUACAGCGAGACCAACCAGACAGCAAAAGCAGCAUCGCAAUAUUUGUGACAGCCUUGAUUUCGCAAGGAAAUAAAUAGACACACAAGUAAAAAAAGAACUAAAUUAACUUUAUCUACAGUGUCGAACACUGUCAACAGUGAUGCCUUCCGACAGACCUUUCAAACAAAGAAGGACAUUUGCCGAUCGCUGCAAAGAGGUACAGCAGAUUCGCGACCAGCACCCCAACAAAAUCCCGGUGAUCAUCGAGAGGUACAAGGGAGAGAAACAGCUUCCUGUGCUGGACAAGACCAAGUUCCUGGUCCCGGACCAUGUCAACAUGAGUGAACUGGUGAAGAUCAUCAGGCGCCGCCUCCAGCUGAACCCCACUCAGGCCUUCUUCCUGCUGGUGAACCAGCACAGCAUGGUCAGCGUGUCCACGUCCAUCUCCGAGAUCUACGAGCAGGAGCGCGACGAGGACGGCUUCCUCUACAUGGUCUACGCCUCCCAGGAGACCUUCGGCUGCUAGGGAGGGGUCCGAGGAUGGAGGGAGGGAGGGAGGGAGGGUGGGAAAGAAACAGAAGGGCUGAGAGAGAUGUGUAUGGGGAAACACCAGGGUCUAACCUCCCCCACCCCCCCCUCUCUCUCUCUGGGGUGCUCUAUUUUCCCUGGGGGGGUGCAAACGGGAAACACUGUAGCUGUGUCUCUUCAUGACCCCAACUCCCCCAAACCCCUACAAAGAAGUGGUGUAUGUUUUUAUUUAGUUAAGUUUGCUUAAUUUUAGAUAUUUUUUAUAAACAUACACAUAAACACACACACACACACACCCAGAUGCAUACACUAUAUAUCUGGAUCUUGUAGUCAAGGGAGAGAGAAGCAACACUCUUAAUUUCAUUGUAAAUAGGGCAAAAAAAAUCAAAAAAUAUUAGAAUAGUUAGAGACUCUCUUACAUGUUUUCUUUUUUAGCCUUCUGUGCUUUAGAUGCCAGCAGUCCCCUGUCAGCAGCCAGUACUCGAGGAGCAGUGCACGGCCUCGGGUGCGCCUGCUGACGUUGCUCCCAGUUAAAAGGGCACAAAUCAAAGGCUGCGAGCUCUGUGAACUCCCACUACAGCGCAUGGAAGCCCGGUACUUUAGCCCCCGCAGAGAAACUGCUAAAUCAUUUGGGAUGAUUAUUAUGACGAGUAACGGUUCCGGGCCUCAGCGGCCCCCACGGGCCGUUUGGGGUUCUUUAUGAUUGGCCCUUUGCCUCCUGUGAAGUACAGUGCGUCACGCCCCCGUCAAGCACAGUAACACCCCUGUACAGCAGCGAUGCCCCAUGUAAUGCACAGUGUGUAACACCCCUGUGAAGCAGUAAUGCCCCUGUGUAACACCCCUGUGAAGCAGUAACGUCCCUGUGUCAUGAGCAGUGUGUAACACCCCUGAGAAGCAGUAAUGUCCCUGCAUAACCCACAGUGUGUAACACCCCUGAGAAGCAGUAAUGUCCGUGCAUAACCCACAGUGUGUAACACCCCUGUACAGCAGUACCUCUCCUGUGAAGCACAGUGCGCAACACCCUGGUGAAGCAGUAACGCUCCUGUGAAGGACAGUAAAGAUGUGCUUCUCCCUCUCUGGGCUCAAAGGACUCCACUUGCUUGCAUUCAGGUACAGCGGGAGUCUACAAUAAGCAUUUGCACAACGCGUUCAUUUCGACCCUGCAGAUCCCGCGUCCACCAGCCCAAACUGGGUCACUCACUGGCCUUUUCCAUUUUAGAAAGUCAAAGUAGUAUCAAAACACCAGAUACUCCCAUGUUCCCCUUGGGUGGUGUCCUCCAUUGCAGCAAUGGGAAUCAAAGGAUUUUGGUAGUUUUCACAAUCAGAUAAAUGAAGAAACUGGGGUGCAGAGGUCACCCACACAUUGUAACUUUGCUCUGCGGUAGAACGGGGAAUCGGGGCUCUCUGGAGCAAAAGAACACUAAACUAGGAUAGAGGCCAAAUCUUAACUGUGGCAUUGUUUCAUUCAUCGUGUAAAACCUUAACUGCUCUCAUCAAGGAAUAAUUAGCUUUUUUGCACUUGAAAUAAGAUAAAACAUUUAGGAACUAAGUACUGUUCUCAUUAUAUACAUAAUAUAUAUAAUUCUGUAAUUGUGUAUUAUAUUCAGUGUCUUAAAAACUAUACUAUGUUUGUAUGCCUUUGGUGUUUGAACUUUUGAAUGAAUGGGUUUGUACUGCAGUACAUACAGUGCAUGCUUUGAUUUAUGCUACGGAUUUAUUCAGUUUUAAUUAUUUAAAAAUAAAAUGGUGAAAUAUGUCUUUUUAGAUUCGUUUUCCCCAUUUUCCUAAAACCAAAAAACAAAUAAAAUACAUGUAAGCGUGUU